GAGGAAGUGGUUCACAACCAUCCUGUAGCGGAAUGAAACGUCUCUUGCUCCCACACGUGUCGUUUCCCACAGCCUUGAGUCCGGUUCUAGGGAUUUCUCUAGUUCAAAGAUAAAGAUAAUGGGCACCGUGCGGGCAUUUUACAGCUGUAAUCAUUAGUCAACCUUACCCACUGCGGGCCCCGCCAAAACCAACACCUGGCUCCUUGAGCAAACCCACAGCAACACGCCCUGAAGGACGUCCAGCACGGCGCAGAGCCGGUGACGCCUUCACGGACCGCGUAACUUCUGGAGGAGCCCGAAGCUCCCAUCACACACCGGCUGGAUCCAUCAUGAUCUGAUUUGACUGAUUCUCUUCUUGUGUUGUCAGUAUGGAGUGAGACGUCCUGUGACAGGUCUGUAUCAGCAGAAACCCCUGUUUGCAAUGGAUUCCCGUCAAAUGCACUGGAGCAUGCACGCAGGUGACCGGCAGAGAGACGGGACUGGACUAUUGAAGGGGGCAGUUCACGACAGCAACACGAACACACGCGUGCACGAGCUGUUUCAUGAAGAUGCGCAGGGCUUGCAGCACUCCAGCCAACCCUGGUGGAGGAUCAAGGUGUUCGUGUGGGAGCCGGUGCUGUUCGGCACCUGGGACGGAGUUUUCACCACCUGCAUGAUCAACAUUUUUGGCGUGGUUUUAUUCCUGCGCACUGGUUACCUGGUGGGCAACGCGGGCGUGCUGGCGGGGAUGUUCCUGGUCUCCAUGGUCGUGGCGGUGGCCCUGGUGACGGUCAUGUCCGGCAUCGGCGUGUGUGAGCACUGUGGCGCCGGGAGCGGAGGGAUCUACUCCAUGAUCUCCACCGUCCUCGGCGGCCGCGUCGGGGGCACGGUGGGCCUCCUCUACGUGUUCGGACAAUGCGUGGCCGGCGCCAUGUACAUCACGGGUUUCUCCGAGUCGGUGGCGGAGCUGCUGGGCCUGCAGUCGCAGUGGGCGGUGCGCGGCAUGUCGGCGGCGGUGCUGCUGGCCCUGCUCGGCAUCAACCUGGCCGGGGUCAAGUGGAUCGUCCGACUCCAGCUGCUGCUGCUGGCCGUGCUGGCGGUGUCCACGCUGGACUUUGUCAUCGGCACCUUCACCCACCUUGACCCAGAACACGGCUUCAUCGGUUAUUCGCCCGAGCUGCUCGGAAGCAACACGAUGCCGGAUUACAGCCCGGGAGAGACGUUCUUCACGGUGUUCGGCGUGUUCUUCCCUGCUGCCACAGGGGUAAUGGCAGGCUUCAACAUGAGCUCAGAUCUUCAGCGGCCUGAACACAACAUCCCAGUGGGAACCCUGGCAGCUGUCUUCACCUCGUGGUUCCUGUAUCUGGUCUUCGUCUUCCUCCUGGGAGCCAUCUGCACCAGGGAAGCGCUGCGCUACGACUUCUUGAUCGCAGAGAAGGUCUCCUUGGUGGGUUUCCUCUUUCUGCUGGGCCUCUACAUCUCCUCCCUGGCUUCCUGCAUGGGCGGCUUGUACGGAGCACCCAGGAUCCUGCAGUGCAUCGCCCAGGAGAGGGUGGUCCCCGCUCUGGCCUUCCUGGGGAGAGGGAGCGGUGCCAACAGGACCCCGGUGGCUGCGAUCUGUCUCACCAGCCUGCUGACGAUGGCCUUCAUUUUCAUCGGGCGGGUCAACGUCCUGGCUCCCAUCGUCACCAUCAACUUCAUGCUCACCUACAGCUUCGUCGACUACUCCUACUUCCUCGUGGCCAUGUCGUUCCAGCUGCAGACUCGGGAGAACCCCCCCCCCGGCGCCGCCAAAGGGGACCCACGCCGCCCGUCCGGCCCGAGCUCCAGGCCGCUGCUCGAAGGCGCCCUCCCCAAAUACGGGAGCGUGGGGGAGCGUCUGCAGAGCCAAGGCACUUUACUGGAGUUCACCGAGGACAUGAAUCACAUCUUUCCGGCGGCGCCGAGCGCGGACGGCGCCGCUCGGGGGACGGGCGGCCGUCGCGGGGCCCGAACGGCCACGGCCAAACAGAGGCUGAUGGACAGCUUCGCCCUGGACCUGAACAGCAACGCGUUCCCUGAGGGGGGCGGAGAGGGCGCGGGCCCAGCGCCGCCUCAGGAGGAGGCGGAGGAGGAGCGUGGAGCCGUGGAGCCGGAGGCCGAAGGAGGAGGAGGAGGAGGAGGAGGAGAAGUCAAAAGCUACGCAAACACGGGCCUGGACUCACGUCACGACCCUCAGGGUCACAGCCGCUGUGCAGGUGCCGGUGGUAAAGCUGAAAACCCGAGCUUGGACAUCAGACCCAUAGAUAAUUCAUUCUACGCCGCGUUCUGCAACCACUGGGUCGCUCUGCUUGGAGCCUUGUGCUCCGUACUCAUCAUGUUUGUCAUUGAGUGGGUCUAUGCUUUAGCAAACAUAGUCGUGGCCCUGCUGCUCUUCUUCUACAUUGGGAAAACCAGUCCUGGACUUCCUUUGGGCAUUGCAGCUCGGUUCAGCUUUUUCGCUUGGCUUAAAUCAACACUGAGGAGCAUUUGCCGAAGGAAGGCGCCGCCGCAGGAUGAGAUCGUCCUGACGCCGUCUCUGUCCGCCAUCGGCCUGAAAACCAAGCAGCUGACGGAGGAGAACGCCGACUUCGCCUCGCGGCACCGCUACCACCAGUCGUCCUUCAUCAGGACGGAGGAGAUGGUGCAGCCGCGGCUCCACUGACCCGAACCCGAUGAUCACCUCAUCGCGUGUCCGAGCGGAGCCCGGACGCACACGUUCUGCCUCUGAGCCCCACUCUGACGUCCAGGACUUUUUUUUUUUUUUUUUAUUACUGAGUUUGCACAAAGUGUGUGAUUAUGUGAGAGGACGAGCGCCAUAGAGACAUAGAUGAUUUAUGUGUGGUUACAUCAUAGAAGUUAAUAUUAUCCCAAUCUGUGAAACAUAACAGCACGUUUGUAUUAUGAUAAACUGCAGUGUGUAAAUAUUCUGUGUACUUUAAUAAAACACAGUCAACUGAGGGUGAAAUGAUGAUCUCAACGCUGAAAACUAAUGUUCAAUAAGUAAAUUACAGAAAAGACCAUCAUUUGUUAACUUUUCAACCACAACAUAAAACCACUGGGUGUUUCAGUGCUGUGGCUGAUUUAUAUACUAUUUAUGUAUUUAUUAUCAUUUCCCUGAACUAUAUUUAUCACGUGGUUAAACUUCCUGCAUCUGCAACCACAUCCUUUUUCACAUCCACCUUCGCCUUCAGGUUUGCAGCCUGACAACACACUGGUAAAUAAUAAUGGUCUGUCCCCUUUUGG